GAGACUGAGUGCUGCUGGCAUGCCGUCCUGCUCACUGUCUCCUAGGAGAGACACGGGAAUGAGGAGUCAUACAGAGAGUAUCUAAGGCUGGAGCCUACGACUGGCCGCCCUCCCUACUGCUGCCCGAUACUGUACUACUGGCUGCUCUCACAGACAAGAUGCUUCCUGCGGACCUGGGCUGCCUGCAUGCACCGAUCUGACACGUGCAGAAUGCAGUGGCGGAGCCAGGUUAAAAGCUGAAAGCAGAAAUCGGAGAGAGCAGCGAAGCUCGGUUAUUGGUCCACCAUGGGAAAUGCCACUACCAAGUUCCGCAAGGCUUUGAUAAAUGGGGACGAGAACCUGGCUUACCAAAUAUAUGAGAACAACCCUCAACUGAAAGAGUCUUUGGACCCAAACACAUCCUAUGGGGAGACCUACCAGCAUAACACCCCAUUGCACUAUGCUUCACGGUUUGGCAUGACCCACCUCAUAAGGGCAUUUCUGUUUGGGAAGGAUGGCAACCCCAACAAGCGCAACAUUCACAAUGAGAGCUCUAUGCACAUGUUAUGUAUGGGAUCUCACCUCAUGAUAUCUGAAGGUGCCCUUGACCACCGAUUGCCCCGGCUUGUCGAUGACGAUCGCAGGAGGUCUGAAUGUUUGAGGAUGAUUCUAGAAUGGAAAGGUGCAAAGCUUGACCAAGGGGAAUAUGAGAGAGCUGCCCUUGAUGCCACGGACAAUAAAAAAAACACCCCUUUGCACUAUGCUGCUGCCUCAGGGAUGAAAACUAGUGUAGAGCUGUUAGUAAAAAGCGGUAGUGACUUGUUUGCGGAGAAUGAAAAUAAAGAUACCCCCUGUGACUGCGCGGAGAAACAACAUCACAAAGAGCUUGCCCUCAAACUGGAAUCCCAGAUGGUUUUCUCUCGCGAUCCCGAGGCUGACGAUAUCGAAGCAGAAUACGCUGCAUUAGACAAGCGUGAGCCAUAUGAAGGAUUGAGGCCCCAAGACUUGCGGCGUCUGAAGGACAUGUUAAUUGUAGAGACGGCAGAUAUGCUUCAGGCUCCGCUCUUCACAGCAGAGGCUUUGCUCCGUGCCCAUGACUGGGACCGGGAGAAGCUGCUUGAGGCCUGGAUGUGCAGCCCAGAGAACUGUUGCCAACGUUCAGGAGUUCAGAUGCCAACCCCACCUCCAAGCGGAUACAAUGCCUGGGAUACACUGCCUUCCCCACGUACCCCACGCACCACUCGGUCUUCUGUCACUUCUCCUGAUGAGAUCAGCCUUUCUCCAGGGGACAUCGAUACGCCUCUGUGUGGUAUCUGCAUGUGCAAUAUUUCUGUUUUUGAAGACCCAGUAGAGAUUCCUUGUGGGCAUGAGUUCUGCAGAGUUUGCUGGGAAUCGUUCUUAAAUCUAAAAAUCCAAGAGGGGGAGGCCCACAACAUCUUCUGCCCUGCUUAUGACUGCUUCCAGCUCGUUCCAGUUGAUGUUAUUGAAAGUGUGGUCUCUAAGGAGAUGGACAAGCGUUACCUCCAGUUCGACAUAAAGGCAUUUGUAGAGAACAACACUGCUAUUCGAUGGUGCCCAACGCCAGCGUGUGAAAGAGCAGUUCGGCUUAAAAAGCAGGGAACCAAUACUUCUGGAUCAGAUACCCUGACCUUUCCUUUGCUAAGAGCCCCAGCUGUGGACUGUGGAAAAGGGCAUCUUUUUUGCUGGGAAUGCCUGGGUGAGGCUCAUGAACCCUGUGACUGUGAAACAUGGAAAAACUGGCUGCAGAAGGUGUCAGAAAUGAAGCCAGAAGAGCUUGUGGGAGUCAGUGAGGCUUUUGAAGAUGCUGCCAACUGCUUGUGGCUGCUAACAAACUCCAAACCAUGCGCCAACUGCAAGUCUCCUAUCCAGAAGAACGAAGGCUGUAACCACAUGCAGUGUGCCAAGUGUAAAUAUGACUUCUGCUGGAUCUGCUUGGAGGAAUGGAAAAAGCACAGCUCUUCCACUGGAGGCUAUUACCGUUGCACCCGUUAUGAAGUUAUCAAUCAAGUGGAGGAACAAUCGAAAGAAAUGACAGUGGAGGCAGAAAAGAAACACAAGAGAUUUCAGGAGUUGGACAGAUUUAUGCACUACUACACACGGUUCAAGAACCAUGAACACAGUUAUCGGCUUGAGCAGCGUCUUUUAAAAACAGCCAAAGAAAAGAUGGAGCAGCUGGGCAGAGCUCUUAGUGAAACAGAAGGAACCUGCCCAGAUACAAUGUUUAUUGAAGAUGCAGUACAAGAAUUACUGAAAACAAGGCGCAUUCUCAAGUGUUCUUACCCAUAUGGAUUCUUCUUGGAACCUAAAAGCACAAAAAAGGAAAUUUUCGAAUUAAUGCAGACGGACUUAGAAAUGGUCACGGAGGACCUUGCCCAGAAGGUAAACAGGCCUUACCUGCGCACUCCUCGUCAUAAGAUCAUUCGGGCGGCCUGCCUUGUACAGCAGAAGAGGCAGGAGUUUUUGGCUUCUGUGGCUCGCGGUGUGGCUCCGGCAGAUUCACCUGAAGCUCCAAGACGCAGUUUUGCCGGUGGAACAUGGGACUGGGAGUAUUUAGGAUUUGCAUCCCCUGAGGAGUAUGCAGAAUUCCAGUACCGGAGACGGCAUAGACAGCGGCGCCGAGGAGACAUGCACAGUGUCAGGAGCAAUACCCCAGAUCCCGAUGAUCGCUCCGAGAACUUAUUAGAUGCCCAGGAAGCUGGUGGCAGCCGGCGACACGGAACCUCCAUGGCUUUGAGCUCCUUGGAUGAAGAUGAUCCAAAUAUCCUCUUGGCAAUCCAGUUAUCUUUGCAGGAGUCUGGUCUUGCAGUUGAUGAAGAAACAAGAGAGUUUCUGAGCAACGAGGCAUCUCUUGGUGCCAUAGGUACAUCAUUACCCUCAAGACUUGACCCAGCUCCAAUAUGCAUCGAUAACCCAAGGUCUGCUUUAAGUAGCUCUGAGUUGUUAGAACUGGGAGAAAGCCUAGUUAGACUAGGAGCCAGUAGUGAUCCAUAUGCAACAGAUCAUCAUCUUUCACACCCUUUUAGUGAUAUUCAGGGUGAUUUGUGUUCGACCUCAAGCGACCUUGAUUCAUCCAGCCAAGACCCCAACAUAAGUGAGAAUCUGCUGGGUAACAUCAUGGCAUGGUUCCAUGACAUACAUCCUCAGAGCAUUGCCCUUAUACCCUCUGCAACUUCAGAAACUGACGUAGAUUUGCAGCCACUGAACAUCGAUGAACAACUGUCACCUCCAACGCUUAGGGAACCGUCCCAGAGUCUGGCCGAGGAGCAUGCACUUUUUCAGGAUGCACUAAUCAACGAAUACAAAGAAAUUCAAACAGAAGAAAGCACUUCCGAGGAGAACGUAGCUGCGCUCGAUGGUGUGUCACAAAGUGACGACCACACAAAUGACGUGACAAGCAGUAUGAACAGUUCCGAAGAUAUUUCAAGUAGAACUCCUGAAACUUCAAAUGAAUGGGUUGAACAAGUACAUUUGGUAUGAACCUGCCUGGGCAAUCUGAUAGUAAUUGUGCAGGUGUUCAGAUGGCCUUCACGUAUUGGAGGUUGUGUUCUACUUCAGUCCACCGACAAAAUGGACUGAAUACUUGGAAUUGUAAUGUGCUUGCUGCCCUCUGAACCAGGCAGAGCUCCUUGAGACUUUCUUCUGCAUUGAAUUGGAUUUUGAUUGCCUUUCUUUGUUUUCAAAGCAAGAAAUAAGUAGAGUGAAUUCUACUUUCUAAUAAAAUGCAGUGAUUAUGUAGCCUUAGUUUGAUAAUACCUUAAUAUAAAGAGUCAUGCUUUUUUUUUUUUUUUAAAUCCAAAUAGAUCCCAACCUAAAAGUGCUCUCCUGCUGUACCUCAACCUCAAAGCAUUUAUCACUCCAUUUAUAUUUACAUCACCCCAGCCCCUUGAUUUUUUUUAUUGGCGGGUUUCAUGUUUUGAUUACAGUAAUGAAAUAUUGUGCAAAUGGCAUUGUAUAGUGAGAAUACCUGCAGAUAUGUACAGUCAAUUCACUUCUAUUCAUCAGUCUGCUGUUUACCAUUCCCCCUGUCCCCUAACCAUGCUGCUCCUAUUGACUGACAGGCAACAGGAACUAUAAAGUGUAUUAACAAAUUACACACAUGUAUACAGCUUGUUGGCUGGCUGAGGAUUAUGGGAGUUUUAGUACAAAUUAAGUUCUCGAAAUGAUACAUUCAUCAGUGGGGCCCAAGUCAAGUUAGGUAAGCUUUAAAUUGCAUUAAUAGGUGAGACUCACCUUGGGUGACUGCGCCUCUUUUUAUGGCACUGUCCAUAUGCGCACAAUGAAAUGUUAGUUAUAAGUGCGUGACGCCAUUGUGUGACCACUUAAUCAGAGAGUCCUCCUGUAUAACAACCCUUCUUAUGAGACGCAGUCCAUGUACUAAUAAUCUGCUUUUUUAGUUUUAAGUGCUUGAUAAAUAAUCAAAUGCUGAAUUUCUAAACUCUUUAAUAACGGUUACCCUUUAGCCAAAAAUCAUUUAAACCAGGAAGCUGUUGAUUUGAAAUUAGUAAGUGUAAGAUGUAGGAAAGUUAUAAGUGAAAAAUGAUUAUUUUGGAAAGUGUAUGCAGUGCAGAGAUGGCCAGGCAUUGGCCCUUCCUCUGUUGUAAAGCUCUAAUUCCCAGCAUAUUCCGGCUGUCUGGGAGAGACUGGGAGUUGCAGUUCAGUAGACUGAACAGGUAGACUACAGAGUAGAUGUCUUUGCCCAGUUGUUGGUAAUAUAUAUGUUUAUUAUUGGCUGCUUCUUUGUUUGAUUUCUGUAGAAAACUGAAAGGAUUGGCUAACUAUCCGAGGAAGGUAUUUAGUUCUAAUGUGUGAUUGGGUUGUUUGCUGGGUCAGAAAUCUUUAUCUUCGUUCUGUGAGUGUAAGAGUCCUGAGGGGCAGCACGGCAUAGCAUUGCAUGCACACAGAGAAACGUUAUCUAACAAAGGGAUUCAGUAAAAAUACCUUUCAUAAUAUUUUAGGGACAGUCAGUGGAGAUUAUGGAUGAUAUUUUGUCAUAUUUACAGGGCCAGCAGGAUAGUAGCUUCCCAAGUAAUGAAAAAAUACCCAAAUUAAUUGGAAUGUUCACCUUUAGAAAAGUUUCAGUAUAUCAAAUAGAUUUGUGCAUUUAAAUAAUUUGAUGUAUCUGGGCAUUGAAAAGAUCCUUUACCUUUUUUGUUUCCUUUUAUAAGGAUCCCCGACCCCCUGACUAUGAAAGACCAGUGGGGAGAGGGUCAUUUAUAAACACUGGGCAGAUUUUUAUCUUAAGCAGUAAUGCAGGGUAACCAGUCAGAUGUUUGCUUCUGUUGUUUUACCUGCAGCUGGGUUAAAAAGGCUAAUUAAUACAUGAUCUGUUGCCCUGGAUACUGCCCAGGAGCAAAUUUGGCCAGUGUUUAUUAAUUUGCCCCCGGGGGGGGGGGAGCGAGCACAGGCAUCAAGCUUUGCUGCACAUGCCCCUUCCAUUCAACAUUCCCAGAACCAUUUGGCUAAUGUGCUUCAGCCAGUCAGAGCAAUAACAUGCAAAGAAACGUGAAAGGAUCUGGUAUGUGUCAUAGCUCCUGAUGCCCACACCGCUUGUGAUCAGCGGCGCCGCUGCCAUGAGGGGAGUUGUGAAACUUGCCUCAGCCGGAAGUACCCCCAGAGUUACCAGGGGCGGCAAACAGCUGCUCAUAGUAAUUGCACUCUCUGCCCUAGUGAUACGGACCCCCUCUGGCACAGGAAAGGUAAGCGCUGGGGGGCGAGAGGGGGCAGCAUCCCAGGAACCAUCUUAGGGCGGCUCUGGGGUGAGAAUCACCCCUGAUUGUAAAGUCACUCUACUAUAGGCGUGUGUGGGGAGGCGUGGCUAAGAGCUGGCAGCUGAAGAUCAGUUAUGCAGUACUUGCCCAGGUAGAAAUCUUAUUGGAAAUAGCAUUUAAAUGUACAAAUCUAUUUAAUAAAAUAAAAAAGGGAGGCAGAACUCUCCCUUUAAGCUUUUUCUUUUGAAAAAAUGCACCAACAUGGUUAAGUGAUUGUUCUACUAAUUCCUAAGGGUAUAUGUUCCCUUUAAAAAGAAAAGUGACAGAACUUCAGUAUUCAGAAAGCAGAUAAUAAACAGCCGUUUAAGAGAAAAUGUACCCUGUUUAUCAGUAUUAACACUAAAUAGACUGUACUGUAUAAGAACAUAUCUUAUGUCUGCCUUUGUAUAUGAUACUGUGCAGGGAGUUGUCAUGAAUUGCUUGUGCUUUCAGUGUCGACAUAUUCUAGCGCCUCCUACUGGCAGAGGUGAUUAUUGCAGAUCUGUAGAGAAGGAAGGUCCUGUUUGCACAAUAAGCUCUGCUUAAACUGUAAAUUUAUAGAAAAUUAAUGAGGCUACAUCAUCAACUAAAUAAAGCAUAUUUGCCCUUUAAAUUAUUUACCCCCACAAAAGCGAAGUGGGAUUUAAAAAAACUUAAAAACCACAUUUGUUGUCUUCAUAGGGAAAAGCGAUAAGUCUCGCUGGGGGGAGGGAUAGAGAAAUGAGGCAUAGCUGCACUUUAUCGUAGGACGUCGCAAAUCGCGUUAUGGGUGUCCCAUGUGCCAAAAAUACAACACAAGAUGGACUCACUUGGUAACACAUAAAUGGUAGUAUAUUUGAACAUAUGCAGUUUUGGGUUGUCAUUUUUUUUAAAGAUGUUUAUUCCUAAAGCUGUAUAAAUAUUUGUAUAUGUAUUAUGAAUGCUUGAUUAAUAUUCUGCAUUUAUCAGUAAGCCACAUGCGUGUACAUUGUGUAUAUUCUGUAUGCAGGGGACAGAUACAGAGCCUGUCCCAAGAGCAGCACACACAGGGGUCAGUGUAGUAAAUGGCGUUACCACGUAAGAGACACAAUGCAGAAAAUGGAGCAAAUGUGCCCAUAAACUGAUGCUUUUAUGUUUGCCUUAUGUGUGUAAUACAUUGGUGCAACGCCGAGGCAUAAACAUUGCAAAAAAUCUUGCCGUUAGGGGCCCUUUAUAGUUCUCUGACAGUGGCAGGCCCAUCCGCACUUUCCCAGCUGCCCAGCAGGGGGCAGGGUGAGUAGCAGCUGGGGACCCCUGGUGCAAACUGUUCCAUUCUGUGUUUGUGGAUUAAUAAUCGGAGGAAUAUUUCUUUCUUACACUCUCCAGUACAUGCUAUAUGCACUGUAUCAAGGCACUAAAGAUUGUUUUGUUCGUCUAAUGGGUAUUUUAAAGUAAAUAAUCUUAUUAAGUGGUCAGCUAUACCUUCCCAAUGAACAAUAACUUGGUUGCACAACUUGUCGCCGUGCCUUUAACUAUCCAGAUCCGUAGCUGCCAUGUUGCAAGUCUGUAAUAGAGCUAUUAGAGCAGUCUUUCCUCUGGGACUGGUUUCCAACUCCGCUCAUGGCCUUGUCUAAUACAGCCAAUAUCAAACCUCAGCGCUGAGUGCAUAGUGCAGUUCCAUAGAAUGAAGGGCUUGCCUGUCAUCUGUCUCCUCUGCCAUCUAAGCUGGCACAGCAGGCAAGCACACCUAUCCAAUAAUACAGAAUAACUGCAUUCAAGGGAUACAAUAUGCAUUACCACAGUGUUAUAUAUAAUUCAAUAUAAAAUCACAUCUGUGUUUUUUUUCAUGUUUUAAGAAAAGGAGAAGCCACAGAGAAAGGUGGCAAAUAGUUGCCUGCAAUAGUAGCUACAUGCCCUUGUAUAAUACAGCUGAACAUUUGGUUACAGAGAGAAGCUUCUAGAAUAGAAAUAGAAUGUCCCUUUAGGAGAAGGCACAAAGGCAGGGGCUGCUAGGUUAUUUCCUACCUUAGAUGGUAGGCGCUGUUGGCACUUCGGUGGGCACAAUGUGGAUCUCAGUACAGAUAACGACUACUUAUCUCGCCAAGGCUGGUAUUAGGGGAGUGCAGAAAGGACAUCUCAGCUCCAGGGUGGGAGCCCAUUAGGCCAAGAAUGUUCUUGCAAAAUCCCAAAGUACUUAUGAUUACAUUAUGUAAUCACUGAUAAUUAUUUCGAAUUUAUGUUGGGGAUAUUUAGCCAGCUGCCAUCCAGGCUCUUCAUGUAUAAGUUUCAGCGUCCGGCUAAGAGGGGGUAUUUUGGACUUGUACUCCAACAUCAGGCAGGGGCUUAAUGAUAAGGCUUCCGCACGUCUCCUAUGGAACCACUCUGCAAGGGCUUACACUAAACUCACUUAUUUUAGAUAGGUUUCAUUUUGUAAGGUUUCCUGUUGGUUUGUUAUUUACAUCUCUCUAUAUAUAUAUAUAUUUAACACUAGAUCCCUAAAAUGGCUUCUUGUGUAUAUCAUUUUCUGAUUGGUUGCACACAAUGAUUGCUUUCUUUUAUGCACACAAACUAAGGUUUCCACCUUGGAAAGCACCAGGGUGUGAGGAUAGAUUUUGCAUAUACUGUACUUACCACAAACAACCCCCCGUGUGAAAGUGGUAUAUGCCGUAGCUCCUGUAUCUCUCCUUAGGUCGGGUGGUAUUAAUCAUGUUCCGCUCGGGUUUAACUCCCGAAAAUGCAUCACUUGGUACAAUGGAAACAUCUGUGACAGCAAAAAGACUUUACAAUUCAGAAAUCCAAAUCUGACAAGCUAUUUUGUAAACCGGUUAUUUUAUAAUGUAAGAGAAAUACCGUUACUGUAACCUUGAAAUGUUAUUUGCACUUUCAUAAUCUAUACUUGAUACAUUCCCACUUUAUAUACAGUAGGAUAUACUUAUUAUGUAGAUGUUUGGCCAAACGAAUGCUGUUCAGAAAAUGGAUUAAACAAAAAACAGUCUGAUUAAACAUUUAUUCCUUCAUUCA